AGACCUUACUUUCAGUGUAGCUGGUAAACGAGGGGAAGCUCUGAGUGAACAUAGGUCUAUCUGUAAACGAGACAUAGUCUACACCUGGAGCGUCGGGACGCACAUACGUGUGCACACACACACACACACACACACACACACACAGCUGCGGUUCACCUGUCUUCCAAGGAUUGUUUUCUUAUCGGUAGCCGCUGACAGGUGAUCUGUCACCAUGUUCAAGAAAAAGAGCAAGUCCACCCCUAUAACACAGCCAAAACCAACGGCACCAUACUCAGAGCUUGGCGCUCUGGUUGAAAGGCUGCAGAAGAAUGCUGAUAAAGUGGAGAACUACAUCUCGGAUGUUGAACAGAACCUUAACAAGGAUGUGAGUAAGAUCAAUGAGGGAAAGCAGCCGCUGUAUCAGGAUGACACCAACAAGAGAAUCCUCAGUUGUCUGGAGCUGCUCAACAGCCUGGACGAAGAGGCCGUCAAGGCGAAGAGUCUCAAACAUCCGCAGUCUGAGAUGAUAGAAAAAGACAUGAGGCAGCUGCGUGAGAGAGUGAUGAAGCUUAAGGAGGAUCAUUCCCACAUCUACCACCUGAGCCGCACUGAGGGGAAACCCAGCAUCAACUGGGGGAACAUGAUGGAUGAGAAGCUGGAAAACCUGAACAACAAAGGCUUUGGACAAGACCUGCCAAGUGUAGAGAAUGAAGUAGAGGAACACAACAUCUUCCACAGCGAGGUGGAGGCUCUGGCUCCUCACAUUUCAGCCAGUGGAGACAAGGAAUACGUUAGUGGCCUCCAGAUGAAGUACAACAAACUGCUGGCCAGUUCAAGCGCUCGUCAGCGCAACCUGCUGAGCUUGCGGGACUAUAUGCAACGCUGCACCAAUGAGCUGUACUGGAUGGACCAGCAGGCUGAAGAGAGGAUCAACUAUGACUGGAGUGACAACAACCUGGACUACCCUGCGCGCCAGAGGCAGUAUGAGAACUUCAUCAGUAAAUGUUUGGAGUCGAAGGAGGCCACUAUCACCAAGCUGAAUGAUGAUGGGGAGAAGCUGGUUGCUUCUGAUCAUCCGGGGAAGAAUGUAAUUGAGGCACACAUGGAGGCAGUUCAUGCUGACUGGAAGGAGUACCUGAACUUGCUCAUUUGUGAAGAAAACCACCUCAAGCACAUGGAUGAGUACCACAAGUACCACAAGGAGGCACGUGACACCCAGGACCUACUGAAGCGGAUGGAAACAGAUCUCAACCAGAAGUACAAUCCAGAGUUCAAAGAUAUCUACCAGAUGGAGGGUCUUAUCAGGGACUUGGAUGACCAGGCCAAAGCCAUGGACCACUUUGAUGAACGAGUCCAAGCUCUUCAGAAGCGCAGCCUGCAGGUCUUGCCCUUGAAGUAUCGCCGGGAAACCCCGCAGAAGUUGCUGCCUGUUGAAGCUCUAUGCGAGUUUGAUACAGAGGAGGGACAGAUAGCGCGUGGGGAGAGGUACACUCUGCUCCGGAACAAUGGGACCAAAUGGGAUGUGAAAGACGCUGCUGGGCGUAAACUUACCGCCCCUGCCGUCUGCUUUAUGAUCCCCCCCACAGACCCAGAGGCAGUUGCCACCUCUGACAACCUGGCCAGUCAGCAAAAAGCUAGCAAGCAAAAGAUGGCGGGCAGUAAGGGAGCUCUGCUGAAACGCUUCGAUGAGCUGAAGAAGGAGAGUGGGGCUGGGACAGCAACAGACAAGCAAGAGCAGCAGUGCCGCCAGCUGAUGGCCGGUCUGGAUAAUGUCAUCAAUAAUCUAGACAAACAGGAGAAGGCCAUUUAUACCCGAGUGCGCCCGCCACUUGAGCAGAAUAGGCCUCUGCAGGACAGCGCUGACCGCCUGCAGGAUAUUGGGGAAAUUGCUUCUGCUGUGAGGAAGAUUGAACCAGAGAAGUCCUCUAAAGUACAGGAAGCAAAGAACUUCUUGGUUUCCAACCCAAAUUCUGCCAGUGCACCUCAACUCCACGGCAAGGUGGAUGAAACCAACAAGAAGUACACCAAGAUUGAGGAACUUCUUCAGUGCUCUCAGGACAAACUAAAGAAUUCCAACCAGUUGGAGACUUCCCUACAAAAUGGAAAGACUUUACUGUCCACCUUUGAGAACAAGCUAGCCAGGGAGGAGGUUGCUCCAGCAGACAUCUCAUCGCUUGAGAAAACUCAAAGGGAACUUGCUGAUAUUGGUUCAGACCUGAGGUCCAAAAGGUCAGCUAUUGCUGAGACGGAGCAGAACCUGCGUUUAGCUAAAGGCAGCUGCGACAACAUGACCACCAAAUUUCAUGAGCACUGCCCUGACAUUGAGAGGCAAGAAGCUGAUGUCCAGAAGCUCAAUAAACGCUUCAACAACCUCAACAGGCAGAUUGACACGAGGUCUCAAAGCUUGCAGAGAGCCAAGAUGUCAUAUAAAAACUACCGCAAUGAUUAUGAUAAUCUGAACAGCUGGUUGUCUCGUGUCCCAAAUUACGAUCCCCGUGAAACUGAUGACACUAUACAAGUGGAAACCAAGCUGAAGAAUCAGAGGAACCUGCUUUCUGAUAUUGCAAGAAAGGAGUCUGACUUGAACAAUGUCUCCAAAAAUGCCCAGCUUUACCAACAAGCUGUCAAAGACUACGAGAAUGAAACUGAGAAGUUUAGAUCCAUCCUUGACAUCGAGGAUGGACUUGUGCCUCAGACAUACAAGAGGAGCAGACUGGAAUCACCUGCACUGACAGUCAAAGGAGAGGAAGCUGCCAUUGAGGCUAAGUUUACUGAGGUGAAUGCUGUGAACAGGCUAAGGCUGCAGAAUCUGGAGUUCACCCAAAGUCUUCUCAACCAGCAACCCGAGACCCCUAUGAUUCAGUCAACAAAUGUCCGAUCAGUCAGUUCGUCUGCACCAGGAGAAGAACCUUGGAGAAUCAAGAAGCAGUUGGACGACGAAGUCCAAAGGAGAGAGCAGCUUGAGAAAGAAAUUGAGAUUAUCCAGACUGAUAUCUAUGUCCUUGAGGGGCAGAAGCCUCAGGACACUAUUGUCAAAAAGGAGCUGAUUAAAAAGGUUCCAGACCCGCAACUGGAUGAGGAAGUCCAUAAGGUACAACAGAAACUCUCAGAGGAGCGCCGCACUACUCAUGUCCUGGAAAAUGACCUUGAGGUUCUCAAGUUGAAGUUACGUGGACUUGAGACUGAGGCCAAAGAAGGGGCACAGCAAUACACAGUGAAGGAGGUCCUGCGUAUAGAGAGAGACCGAGGUCAAGAGGAGGAAAUGCGCAAGCUUCGGGAGGAGCUGGAUGAGCUAAGAAGGCAGAAGUUGAAUAGAGACAAUGAGAUCAUUCAGAUACAGAAGCAAGUGACACUCCUAGCUGAAGAGAAGAACAAGGAACAGGAGGUGAUUACUGAAGAGGAGGUGAUCAAAGUCCAAAAUGACCCACAGCUUGAAACCGAGUACCGGGUACUCCUCGACAGGAAGCAGAAGGAAAUGGAUGGCAGGAAGCAGCUGGAGGAUGAACUGCAAUUUCUUCAGGAAAAGCUCAAAAGGAUGGAGAAGGAGAAAGCAAUGGCAGAGGAGAAGAUUUCCAUCAAGGAGGUGCUGAAGGUAGAGAAAGAUGUCGCCUUUGAAAGGGAGGUAGAAAAUCUCAGGAGGCAGUAUGAAGAUGAGAGGACCAAACGGAGAUCAUCACAGCGAGAAAAGGUUGAUCUCCAGAGAAAAAUUACCAGCCUAGAGGAAGAAAAGUCAAAGGUCGUUAUCCAGGAGAAGGUGAGGGAAAUAGUUCGCCCUGACCCCAAGGCUGAGAAUGAGGUUGCAAAUCUCCGACUUGAACUUGUAGAGCACCAGCGGCGCUAUAGAGAUGCAGAGCUCCAGCUUAGAUCACUGCAGGAUGAACUCACUAUGUUGAGAAACAGAGGACCUCAAGUGGAGGUUAAAGAGAUCAUUAAAGAAGUUAUCAAAUACAAGACAGAUCCACAGACUGAGAGAGAACUGGAAAGACUGCGCAACGAGAUCGUAGAUAAAACUCACCAGAUUGAGAAAUCUGAGAUGGAAACUCGCCAACUUCGUGAUGAAAUUCAAAGAUGGAUGGACACUAAACCCCAAGUGCAGACUAAAGAGGUGGUCAAUGAAGUGUUGCAGUACAGAGAAGACCCUAAGACCAAGGAAGAAAUUGAAACUCUCAAAAGGAAACUGGCUGAUGAACAGAAAAAACACCUUGAUCUGGAGAGAGACCGUUCAGCCCAAGAAGAGAAAAUCAGACUCAGGAAAAUGGAUCUGUCUCAGGUCCGUGAGAAGAUUGUUCAGCAAGAGGUGGUCAAGAUGGAAGAAGAUCCAAUCCUCAGGUCAGAGUGUGACACUUUCGUACAAAACAUCGGAAGCGAGCAGAGGCAAAAGGAGAGUCUGAAAACAGAGCUCUACCAACUGCAAAGACAAAAGGCUGACUUGGAUAUGCAACUAGAAGAACUGGAGCGUGAGCGGAGGGCAAGGCGCGAUGCAGAACUCGAGAUCCAGAGGCUUCGGGUAAGACUUAAUGAGCUUGAAAUCCAUGACAAAGAAAACCGUGAGAAGGUCACUGUCAAACAGAAGGUAGUCCUACAGCAGGAUCCUCAACAGGAGAAGGAACACUCCAUCCUCAAACUGCAGCUUGAUGAAGAGAAGCACAAACGCAUUCUGCUCGAGAAAGAGUUAAAUGCUCUCGUUCAGCAGCAGAUCACCCUGGAGAAGAUGGAUGUGAAAGAAAGAGUUGUCCGCACUGAGAAAGUCCAAGUUGAGAAGGAUCCAGAGGCUGAAAUUGAGAUUGAAAACCUGAGGAGAACUCUGGAGGAGGAGAAAAGAAGAAAGCGAGACCUGGACCAGGAGUUGUCCACACUCACUUCAAAGCUUUCUGAUAUGGAGUUCUCCAACACCAAGUCUUCAAAAGAACUGGAUUACAUUCGUGAUGAGAGUAGCAGGCUGCAGCAAGAAAACCAAAGGCUACAGAAUGAGAUCCGCAAGCUUCGUUCUGAGAUUGAGAUCACCAGCAAAGAGACUCGUCUCAUCACUGAGUCUGCUCCAAGGGAGGAUGGGAAGAACCUUGAAUUAAGGCUUGAUUCUCUACAGAGGGAACUAGGAGAGCUGAGAAGCAUCACCACCCAGAAGGAUGAUGAAAUCGAGAAGCUUCAAAAGAACCUGUCAGCUGUGAGAAUGAAGCGGGAACAGAGGGAGAGUCACCUCCGUAGGUCUAUUGUCAUCAUUGACCCGGAUUCAGGCAAAGAGAUGCGUCCAGAGGAGGCCUACAAACUAGGGCUGAUCGACUGGAAGAUGUUUGUCAACCUGCAGAGCCAAGAGUGUGACUGGGAGGAGAUCUCAGUCAAGGGCCCCAGGGGAGAAUCCUCUGUUCUUCAUGAUCGAAAAUCAGGGAAAAAGUUCUCCAUUGAGGAUGCGCUGCGUCUUGGCCACAUCACAAAUCGUCAGCUUCAGCAGUACACUAACAAAGAAAUCUCUAUCCAGGAAUUUGGUGUUAUGGUGUCGGGACAAAAAAAAUGAAUACAAAUAUGCUAAAGAACGUACAUUGUUCAGUUUAAUACUACAAUAUUUUGUCUGUCUCACUGUUUUUACUGUACCUCCAUUCUGACUUUAUUACUAUGGUGACUCGGUACUUUAACCAUGAUUCAUAAAUGCACUAUAUAUUUAUUAGCUUAUGUAUCCUCAAAUUAUUUUAACUGGCAUGAUUAAGUGAGAUGACAUUACUAUCUUUCAGCCAACUACAUAGCAUUUUACGUGGGGGGGGGAAGUUUUCUCAGAUCACCUUUUAUUUCUUACACUGGUUACUUUGUAAGAGAACAUCUCUUUGGUAAUAUAUGUAUGAUGUUGCCAUUCAAAUUGGCAAGGGAACUAAAUUAUGAUUUUGCAAUUUUGUGGGGGGUUUUCUCAGGUUAACUUGAUGUGUGCUAUGUACCUUUCAAUAAAAGUUGAUUAAACAGGGGGAAAAAA